CUCGUUUUUCAGUGACCCCCUCUCUCUCAAGAUGGCAGAUCCACCCAAAAAAGCACUCAGCAGCGGGGUGGUAACCUACGCUUACAUUCUUCUUUAUAUUGCACUUUCCAGCGGCCAGAUCUUCUUCAAUAAGUGGGUUUUAUCCUCAAAGGAAAUAAACUUCCCAUAUCCCCUUGGAUUGACUCUGCUUCACAUGGUCUUCUCCUCUAUCUUAUGCUUCGUGCUUACAAAAGUUCUCAAGAUUAUGAGAGUUGAGGAAGGGAUGACUCUUGAAAUAUAUCUUACAUCCGUCGUACCUAUUGGUGCAAUGUUCGCUAUGACACUUUGGCUGGGAAACACUGCUUACCUUUAUAUAUCUGUUGCAUUUGCUCAGAUGUUGAAAGCAAUCAUGCCGGUUGCUGUUUUCAUUCUUGGUGUGGCAGCAGGACUGGAAAUGAUGAGUUGUCGUAUGCUUCUGAUUAUGUCAGUAAUCAGUUUUGGUGUAUUAGUCGCUUCUUACGGUGAAAUAGAUAUCAACUGGGUUGGUGUUGUUUAUCAAAUGGGAGGUGUUGUUGGAGAGGCUUUGAGGCUUAUAUUCAUGGAGAUUCUGGUGAAAAGGAAGGGUAUCAAACUAAAUCCGAUAUCAGUUAUGUACUAUGUCAGCCCAUGCAGUGCUCUUUGUCUCUUGAUUCCCUGGAUAUUUUUAGAGAAGCCGAAGAUGGACGAUCAGGGGACGUGGAACUUCCCACCUCUUAUAUUGACUCUUAAUUCUCUCUGUACCUUUGCUCUCAAUCUCUCAGUGUUUCUCGUCAUCUCGCAUACAAGUGCUCUUACUAUCCGUGUGGCUGGUGUUGUCAAAGAUUGGGUGGUUGUCCUACUAUCUGCAAUUCUUUUUGCAGAUACAAAGCUAACGCUCAUCAACCUGUUUGGUUAUGCCAUUGCUAUUGCAGGUGUAGCUGCCUACAACAAUCACAAGUUAAAAAAGGAAGCUACUCAAGUCAGCUCAAAUGAGUCUCAACCACCUCAAUUGCUUCCAUCUGUGUCUUCCAAUGACUGAAUGGAUAUCAAGAGCAGCAUGCAACUUACUGUGACAAGUGCAGUGUGGUUCCUUCUUCCAUCUGGGCCAAUGAGAUCACACGAAUUUUUUUCCGGGAGAAGCUACCGUGCUUUUUUGUGCUACUGGUGAAAUGUAGACUGAUCUAUUCCGAAUUUUGCAGCUGGUUAGGGGUCGCUGAUUUUCUUGGCAGUCAGGACAAGAAGGACCAGAGGAAGUUGGUUGUGAGUUAUAGUGUAAAGUUGGACGCAUCCAACCUUAGUUUUUCACGUGAGAAGGUUGGACAUACACGGACAAUAUGUUUCUCUGCUUAAAUACUAGUAGACAUUUUUCUCGUCUUUUUUCUUCCGACAUUUGAUACAUUAGAAGUUCAAAUAUCAUCUAAUUUGUACUACAAGAACAGGCUGUUGUGAAAGACAUGCAUGAUUCCUCUUCUUUUCUUGUAUGGAUUUAGAUGUAUUCUGGCCUUCGAAUCCCAGUGGAGACAUUGACUUUGA